AUGACCCAGGGUUUUGUUAGUAAUGUUCCUAGUGGAUCUAACGCUAAAGCUAAGGAAGGUCAGUAUGAAGAUAAAGGGAAACCUGCUGCCAUCAGGUCAAGCAACAUAGUUGCCGCAAAAGCUGUCGCCGAUGCAAUUCGUACUAGCCUAGGACCCAAAGGAAUGGAUAAAAUGAUACAAGAGGCAAAAGGUGAUGUCACGAUCACCAAUGAUGGAGCCACGAUAUUGAAACAAAUGAAGCUUCUACACCCUGCAGCCAAAAUGUUGGUAGAAUUAUCCAAAGCUCAAGACAUCGAGGCAGGUGAUGGUACCACUUCCGUAGUUGUUCUAGCAGGAAGUCUUCUUGAUGCUUGCUCAAAACUGCUAGAUAAAGGUAUCCACCCAACCUCCAUCUCAGAUGCUUUCCAAAAAGCUGCAUUAAAGGCUUGUGAUAUUCUGGAGGGUAUGUCCAUCCCUGUAGAUCUGGGAAACCACGAAGAACUUAUCAAAGUGGCUACAACCUCACUUAAUUCCAAAAUCGUCUCACAACACUCGGAUUGCUUGGCACCUAUAGCCGUAAAAUCUGUCUUGGAUGUUAUAGACCCAGCCUAUCCUAAUUCCGUCUCUCUAGAUGAUAUUCGUGUCGUGAAAAAACUUGGAGGCACAGUCGAAGAUACCAAGUUAGUGGACGGUCUUAUACUCACUCAACGUGCUGAGUCUGCUUGUGGCGUUAAAAGAGUAGAGAAAGCGAAAAUAGCUCUUAUUCAGUUUUGUAUCUCUCCUCCAAAAACAGAUAUGGAAAAUAAUGUCGUCAUUACAGAUUAUACUCAGAUGGAUAGAAUCAUGAAGGAAGAAAGACAGUACAUUCUCAACAUCAUCAAAGCCGUUAAAAAGGCUGGGUGUAAUGUCUUGUUGAUUCAGAAAAGCAUUUUGCGGGAUGCUGUAAAUGAAUUGGCUCUACAUUACUUUAAUAAAAUGAAGAUUAUGGUCGUCAAGGAUAUCGAGCGAACAGAAGUAGAAUUUAUAUGCAAGACACUGCAUUGCAUACCAAUAGCAAGUCUAGACCAUUUCAACCCAGAAUAUAUGGGAUCUGCAAGUUUGGUUGAAGAAUCAGAGGCAACCGCUCAUUGCGUUCACAUCACAGGUAUUGAGAAUAAGGGAAGGACAAUAUCAAUCUUGGUCCGGGGUUCCAAUAAACUUAUGUUGGACGAAGCUGAACGUUCAUUACAUGAUGCACUUUGUGUUAUUCGAUGUUUAGUAAAAAAGAGAGCUAUGAUCUCAGGUGGUGGUGCACCAGAAAUCGAAAUUGCCCAGAAGUUAGCUGCAUUCGCUAACACUACACCUGGUCUUGAUCAGUAUUGUUUCCGUGCCUUCGCUGAUGCAUUCGAAGUUAUUCCGUACACAUUAGCAGAAAAUGCUGGUUUGAGUCCUGUACAAACUGUCACUGAACUACGAGCUUUACAUGCUAAAGGGGAGAAAAAUGCUGGAAUCAAUGUUCGAACGGGCGCUGUCGUGGAUAUUUUGGCACAAAACGUGAUUCAACCAAUGCUGGUCAGUUACAGUGCUGUUACUUUGGCUGCAGAGACUGUACGUAGCAUCCUCAAGAUAGAUGAUGUGAUCAAUGCAAUCAGGAAUUAA